GCGGGGAAGGAGGGGGUGCCUUCAGGUGUCUGCGACCUCGCCACCUCCCGCCCGGAAGUGCCCGAGGGUCCGCUAUGGAGCUGGCGGAGUCGGGCGCUCGGUAGCACGGCGGGCAAGGCAGGUGCCAUGGCCCUGAUUGAAGGGGUAGGUGAUGAGGUGACCAUCCUGUUCUCGGUGCUUGCCUGCCUUCUGGUGCUGGCUCUCGCCUGGGUCUCAACGCACACUGCCGAGGGCGCCGAUCCACUGCCCCAACCGUCAGGGACCCCAACACCAACGCAGCCCAGCGAAGCCAUGGCGGUCACGGACAGCAUCAGAGGGGAGGCCCCAGGAGCUGAGACCCCCGGCCUGAGACAGCGAGGUCAGGCGGCACCACCAGAACCCAGCGUGGGGCUCACAGCAAUGCCGCCACCUCCGGACUCCCCCCAGGAGCCCCUGGUACUUCGGCUGAAAUUCCUCAACGAUUCCGAGCAGGUGGCCAGAGCCUGGCCCCACGACACCAUCGGCUCCCUGAAAAGGACCCAGUUUCCCGGCCGGGAACAGCACGUGCGACUCAUCUACCAAGGGCAGCUUCUAGGAGACGACACCCAGACGCUGGGCAGCCUUCACCUCCCUCCCAACUGUGUCCUCCACUGCCACGUGUCCACAAGGGUGGGUCCCCCCCACCCGCCCUGCCCACCGGGGUCCGAGCCAGGCCCCUCUGGGCUGGAAGUAGGCAGCCUGCUGCUGCCCCUGCUCCUUCUGCUGCUUCUCCUGCUCUGGUACUGCCAGAUCCAGUACCGGCCCUUCUUUCCCCUGACCGCCACUCUGGGUCUGGCCGGCUUCACCCUGCUCCUCAGCCUCCUGGCCUUUGCCAUGUACCGCCCGUAGUGCCUCCGCGGGCUCUUGGCCAUGCCGCUGGCCCCUCGGGACCUUGCUCGCCACGACAAGGUGGGAGCUGCUGUCUGCCCAGGCCCGCCUCUCCGACUUGCCUCUUCCCGCUACCCUGGAGCCCAGCGCUGCGCCGCAGGGCACUCCGGGGGUCGGCGGAGGCCCCUCCCUGUGACCUUCCUGGCUCUGGGCCACGUCCCGGGGCAGCUGGCCCUCAGUGCCCCCUGACAGUGGGCUACCCCAGGUCAGACAGCUGCUGUCACUGCCUAGGCCCUGGACAGAGUGGGGCCACGCGCCUGGGCCCCUAGGGCUCAGCCUGAGGACCUGGGCACCUCUUAGUCCCGGAUCACUCCUUGGCUGGUUUGGGGACCCGAGGACUGGGAAGGGCUGGAGAAGGGGAGUCGGGAUGGGUAGAGGGAGCUUUCUGGAACACCUGCAGAUUAAAUAACUGUGAAGUUUUCA